AUGAGCUGGGUCCCUUUAACCAGCAUCAUGACAUCUAUAACUACAGGCACGCUUGGGAUUGCUGCCAACUCACUCUUAAUUUAUCUUGUCCUGACGAACACUCCACAGGAACUUGUCAACUAUUCUGUGCUUAUUCUUAAUAUUGCUAUCAUUGACUUACUCGCCUGUAUCGCCGCCCUUUUCGUGCAUUACAGAUUUGUGUCAGACGGCGUCACUAGGUACCACCAGUAUCGUGGACCGUGCUUAUCCUACGGGUCGCAUACCUGCAGUGCUGCGUGA